CUCAUGGGGAGCAAAGCAAGCCAAGCGGUGUUGAUUAAAAUCCAGAGAAAUUAAUUAAGCCAAGCAAGUGAAGUGACCUCUCUCUCUCUCUCUCUCUCUCUCUCUCUCUCUGCUGCACUACUAGCUAGCUGCUGCUCCUCCGGCUGGCCGGCCGGCCGGAGUGUGCCAUGGCCAUGGCGGGCGCCGGCGACUGGCCGUUCGCCGCCGACGAAGCGUACGCCGACUCGUCGGCCAUAUUCGCCGAGCUCGGCUGGGCCAACGGGCUCGCCGUCGUCGACGCCGUGGGGGAGCUACUGCCGCCGCUGGAUCCACCGGGCGAGCUGGCCACGCCGCCGCCGCCGCCGCUGGAUCUGCCGGAGACGCCGGCCGGGUCCUCCGCGGACGGCGCCGCGUCGUCGUGCUCCACCGACGACGCCGACGGCGGGAAGCCGGCCGCCGCGUCCACCGAGGCAGCGAGCAAGUCGCUGACGCCUGGGAAGAAGAGGGCGCGGCAACCGCGGUUCGCGUUCAUGACGAAGAGCGAGAUCGAUCACCUGGAGGAUGGCUAUCGCUGGAGAAAGUAUGGCCAGAAAGCCGUCAAGAACAGUCCUUUUCCAAGGAGCUACUACAGGUGCACGAACAGCAAGUGCACGGUGAAGAAGCGGGUGGAGCGCUCCUCCGACGACCCCUCCGUCGUCAUCACCACCUACGAGGGCCAACACUCCCACCACACCGUCACCUUCCCCCGCGCCGCCGCCACCGCCGCCGGCUUCUCGCACAUCCACGCCAUGGCCGCCCUGGCCGCCGCACCCUUCUCCGCGCACCAACAACUGUACAGCAACCUGCAGCCGCCGCCGCCGACGAUGCCGCUUGCUGCUACUACUCCGGCGUCGUCGUCGUCGCUGCUACAGCUGCCUCUGCACUGCAACCAUGAGCUGCAGGUUGUUGCCAGCUGCGGCGGCUACCCGUCGUCGUCGUCGUCGCCGCCGGCGAGUGUUCUUCCCGUCGACAAGGGGCUCCUUGAUGACAUGGUGCCUAGGGCAAUGAGGCAUGAUGGGUAGUACAAGCAUGCACACCAUCGAUUUAAUUUGGGGUUAAUUUGUAGCCUAAUUAUUAAUCUUAAUUAGCUGCUUCGAUGGAUUAAUUAGCACGGUAAGUAGUUACUUAUUCGUGUUGAGAUCACUGGAAAGAUAAUAAUUAAUAGGGUACAUAGAGAUAUAUAUAUUAGCUAUAUAUGAAUAUGGGUGAUAUAUAUAUAAUAUAGUUCGAAAUUAAUAAACAAUAAUUGACUUAUAUAUAGUUGUCUGUUUGAUGUUCAUUCUAAUUGUAAUUUCUAUUAAUUGGUGAAUUAGUUGCUUUGAUGGGAUUAGCACAGCCAUAAGUUGUAUUUUUCAUUGGUAAUAUGACAACGACCUGGUUUUUGAAUGUC